GAAGUUGAGAUAACAUUUAAACCGGAUGAUUCCACGGUACCAGUUGCCACCAGUAUUAAUUUUUUUUGUCGGGCCAAAGGUGAUCCACAUCCGAGGAUCAUUUGGAAGAAAGAUGGUAAAAAAAUUGAUGAUCCAAGAUAUAUUGUAAAUUUUUUACGAAACGGUUUAAGUACAUUACGGGUUGAGCAUGUCUUUUUGGAAGAUUCUGGUAUCAUCACUUGUUAUGCCUACAAUGAAAAGGGCCGUUAUGCUAGUGCAGAUGCUAAAUUUACUGUUCUUCCGGAAAGCCAGUUACCAAGAGGAUUUCCAUCAAUUAGAAGCCAUCCACAGCUACGAACAUUUGAAAAAGGUUCGACAGCAAUUGUGCCUUGUGUUGUUGAAGGUGAUCCAAAACCAAAAAUUUUAUGGCUUCGUGAACAGCGUCCACUGGAUAUUCGGGCUGUUGAGCGAUAUUCAAUUGCUAAGCAGUCUCGAGAAGGUGCCGGAACGUUGAUGAUUCAAAAUGCAACUGAGGCAGAUCAGGGCGAAUAUGAGUGUGUUGCAAGAAAUUCCCUUGGUGUGCGGCAUUCUAAGUCGGCAAGAAUCUACGUGAAAAUUCGACAAGUAGCACCAUAUUUUUUUCGUCAACCACAAUCCAUCUAUAAGGUGGAAGCCGGUGGAUCAGUAAAUUUAACGUGUGUAGCUAAUGGAUACCCGUUACCAAGAGUUUUCUGGAAGAAAACUGGAGGAAAUCCAUUGAUGGAUCCGAGUACAGCUCCAUUUGCAUUACCUCCACAACCAAGAGAUCUACAGGCCAACAAUGUUCAAGCAACUAAUGUAACAUUGACCUGGAAACCAGGUAUUAUCGAAGAUGGUGAACCAGUAACCAGCUAUAUCAUUAAAUAUCGUCAAAAGGGUAUGCCGUUGAAUAACUAUCCGUCGGUACUGAAUCAGUAUGAAGAAUCUGGACCAUAUAAGGAAAAAGAGGUUCCAGUAAAUGUGACACGUUACGUUGUUGAGGGACUUCAACCGUAUCAGAUCUAUGAAUUUUUUGUGCUUGCAAAAAGUGCAAUUGGUCGUGGAUCAGCAUCAGCAGUUCGAGAAGUUCAAACAGGUGAAAGCCCACCGUCAAGUCCACCACGAAAAAUUGAAGCACGUCCACUGAACAAAAAUUCGAUUAUUAUUCAUUGGGAGCAUCCAGAAAAAUCGAAUGGAAGAAUUACUGGUUAUAAAAUUUACUUUACAAAUCUGAACAAAUUUACACCAUUUGAAGCUUGGAAUCAACGACUCACAGAUAAGCAAACUGAAACAUUGUACAAUUUGGAAACAAAUCGUACUUACUACAUACUAAUUCAAGCACUAAACUCAAAAGGUGCUGGACCAUUGUCACAACUGGUUACCGUUAUCACCAGACAUGGAUUGCCUGGACAACCAAUGGAAUUAACUGCAAAAGCGCUGGAUGCAUACCGGAUACAGUUGAAAUGGGAAAAACCGAUUCAUACGUUAGGUAUUGUCGGUUAUUCCAUUCAGUAUAAUUCAUCGGAAAAACAGUAUCCAGAAAUACUGUUAAAUGCGCCAACAGAGAGUCACCUUAUCAGCGGACUUGAUGCUAAUACAUACUAUUCAUUUCGAGUAGCAGCAAUAACCGGGCCGGGAUUGGGUGCAUAUUGUGAAUAUGUUACAGCAAAAACACACCAAAGUGUGCCUACUGGAGCUCCAGAGAUUGUGCAAUUGUAUGCUGUAUCGUCUCGAUCAUUACUGGUAAUAUGGCAAGCACCAGAAGAAAAAGAUCGUAAUGGUGUAUUGACCAACUAUAUUAUCAAAUGGCAUCCUGUAAACAAACAGGAUACAUCGAAAGUUACAGCAGGUUCCAGUGAAGAAUCUAAUGACUAUGAAAAUGCUGAUGUCGAUGAUGACGACUAUGACGACACAGAUUAUAAUGACAGUGAUAAUAGCAAUAGCGAAAAAAAGUUAAAUGAUCAACAAAACCCUAUACAGGGGUUACAACAGAUGAAAAAAGCUGCCGAUAAUACAUCAGCACUCAUUGAACACUUAAAUCCGUAUACCAUCUAUGAAGUAACGUUGAUUGCCGGAACAGAAAAGGGUUAUGGUCCAGAAAGUGAACCACAACGAAAUCGAACAUUUGGUGACGGUUAG